AUGCGUAAGCUAAAGAACCGCGGAAUCGUGUUCACCGUACUGGUCGCAACUUUUGCCGUUCUUCUUACCUGGCGCAAAAUCAGCGCUGGAGAUAGCAUUUCGCAGAAUGAGCCGCCAUACGAGGCACCGCUCAUGGAGGAUGACAGCGGUCUCCAAGUUAUCCCCAAAUUCUACCAAAUCCUGCUCUUCCCCGGCCACUCUAUCAGCGACCUAAGCACGGCAAUUGGCCAGGAUAUCCAGCCACAUAUAUCGCAUGUUUUCGAUGAGCUACAUGUGGAGCCUGGGGAUGUUAUUUUUACUGUGAAAGACGUAGACGAUAAGUUAUUAGCCAGUAUCAGAGCAUACAAGAGUGUGAAAAUCGUCUACCUCGACUAUACGCCUGAGCUCGAUGACGUUUUGACGAAGUUUGAUGAACACCAACCUGAUUGA